UGAACCCGACCCCAGACUAAAAUUAAACUGGUUGGUAUCAUUGAAUCCGUCCGCGUGGUUUAUGUCAAACGAGCGUACUUUUAUCAAAACUAACCUAAAAAAAGGUCUUUUGAAUUACAUUCAUUGAACGCACGUUUUUUUUUUGACGCCUUCCUAGAUAUUUUAACAUUUCUUCGGUAAGUCCUCUAUUAUUUUAAUUAUACUCAACACAAUAUGUUCAGAUUUAGAUUCAAUACUUUUGGUUAAUUUAGAGGUAACCUUUUCGCGUUGGAACAUUUUUAUAUGAUAAAAGCACCCAUUAUAAAAAUGCAUAGAAUAGAAGCCAUGUUUUCACCAAAAGCAGAAUUAAUAAAAAUGUUAUGUUUCAAUUUAUCUAUACAUCUCUAAUGAAAUGACUGACGUUGCACCGAAAACUCCUAAUAAGAGAAAAAGUUUUGGAGGUAAGCAGCAGGGAUCUCCUAAAAAAACAAAAUUAGAAAAUGGACAGGCAACUCAAAUCGGUUCAGCAGCAAAGCAAAAUAAACAGUCUCCUAAGCAACAGAAAAAUCAACAGACUCCCAAAAAGUUAAAAGUUGAGCAACCACUAACACCUUUCCCACAGAAGAAACAACAAACUCCAAAAGGGAUAAAUCAAACCCCUAAUCAGAAAAAUAUACAAACUCCUAAACAGAAAAAUCCACAAACUCCCCAACAGACACCAAAACAGAUUCCCAACAAUCAGGCCGCUCCAAAUAGUGCAAAUAAAUCAAACAAAAAAAAUAAAAAGAACCAAUCACCAAAAGUUGCUCCCUUUAAAGGCACUUCACAAAUAGAAGGUUCUGCAAAGAAAGAGAAAAUCACACAAAUCGUAGGUUCUGUAAAGAAAGAGAAAAAAACCUCACAAUUACAAGAUUCUGUAAAGACAGAGAAAAAAAGCACAGAGGCUAAAGUGAAGAAACCAAGAAGAAAUGCUUUUAGUAGUAUUAAAGAAAAAAUCCAUGCUACUGAUGACAAUUCAAAGAAAGAAGCUGUUGCAAUUAUACAAGGUAAAAUUAAAGACAUAGAAAGUAGGGGAGAGCUUACUAAAACAGCAAUUCGUAAGCUUAAACUUCUUAGAAAAUUUGAGAGAGUAGCUCAAGGUAUCCCUCCACCUCCACCACUAACUAAAAAGCCAAAUGAUAAAACUGAAUCGACAAAAAGGAGGGAGAGAAGAAAUAAAGCUAAAAAUGAUAAAGAUGGUGCUCAAAAAGGAAAUCAGAAUAAAGUAGCUGUUGUGAAACAGCAAAAGAAAAAAUUAGUGAAAGUAGAACCUGAAUCAGAAGAGUCAGAUGAAAGUGAUGAUGAUGAUGACGACAAUGUUGAUGUAGCUGGUAUUAAACAAGAACCUGCUUCAGACAGUGAAGGUGAAGAUGAUUCUGGUGAUGAAUCUGGUGACGAGGAAGAACAGUCUGAUGAUGAUGAUGAGGAGGAGGAUGAUGAUGAAGAUGAUUCAGAGGAAGGUUCUGAUUAAAUAAGAUACAUAUUGUAUGUUAAGUUACAAUUAUUGAAAGUGUUUUGUCUUAUUUUAUAGUUGACUUUAUAAUAUUAAGAAGCUAAGUAAAUUUUUAUUAUCUAA